AUGAACAAUCCGUACGAUCAUGCGUUGCGUGAGCAAUGGCAGUCAAGCCUCAUGGGAGAGCAGUUCUGGGACGACGUGACGAGACAUGCCCAGGAACGUGCUGCAAAUGAGAAUGAGGAACAAGCCCUAACUGGCCAAUUGCCGCAUCAAAACCCUACCCAGUCAUCUUCCAAAGGUCUUGUUCAGACUACAGUGACAAGCUCUACCGAGAAGAGUCCACAGAAGAAGAAGAGUCGUUUCGAACUCCCCCGUCUGGCUUCUUUCAAUAGCGUCAGAUUGCGCAACACCAUUAAUCCCGCCCCCGUGAGGACUCAUACUGCAACCUCACCUGAAAAGAGUCUUGAGAAGGGCCAUGAGAGUUCGAAGAGAGAGGACCGUCCGCUCCCAACCUGGACAUUGCACCCCCCCAGCGGCCCCGAGAACUCUUACCAUUUCCCCACAAUUCCUCAGACCAUUAUCAGUUCUGAGGAGUGGGUUGAGAGUGAUCCUCACCCUGAACCUGUGCCUACCCCUCGCCCAUCUCGCAGUGCCCAAAUCAACUUGAUGGCGUACCUCAACGAGGGUGGCACUUGGGCCAACAUCCCACGCACCGAGUCUGUCCUCGAACUCAACAUGCUGUGCGAUGCUCGCAAGGGCUCGCCCAACAGCCAUGUCGAGUUCGAUCAUGAUCAGACAGGUGCAGUGUCUGAUGUGGCCAUUCAGGCCAAUGUUCCCGGAAGGGGGGAGGAGAUUGAGGUCAGAAUCACCAUCCCCUCCGACCACGCGUUGCGGCCCUUGGUGGAGUUCCGGAACCUGCGGGUCCUCCGUCUGACUGGUAUGUUUAAAUCAUACCAGAGGACCAUCUGGCAGGCGGUCUGGUUGAACCCCCAGCUCGUCACCCUCGAGCUGGAGAUGGCGGUGGGACUGGAGAUCAAGGAGCCAGUUCCACGGGGCUGGAAGCCCAUCCGUGAUGGAUGGGUGAUGAAUGCGGGGUCGUUUGGCGCCCCCGUUUACUAUGGAGAGGGCGGCACCGGAGAGAUCUCGAGCAGGCUCGGGUACGGCGAGUACCUCGACAAGUUCUGCAUCGAGAAGGCAAGACUUCUUGCCGGUGUCACUGGUUUCCCCGUCCCCCGCUACCUGCCGGUCAAGCAUCUCACCUUGACCGGCUUCGCGGUGGACGGGGAUGCGUUCGGGAUGUGGUUCCGGAACCUCGAAGAGGUUCAUUUUAAGAAGGACUGCGUCGACUGCGGUUUCUGGCUCUCUCGAGCCCAGCGAGGCGUUCGAGUUCGUCACUCGAACAAGCUCGGUGAGGGGGAGCUUGCCGAGCUCACCGCUGCGGUGGGAGGUCUGCGGACCUCCGGGAUGUGA